CACUCUUCGCUCCGCCCCCCCCCGGAUAGCGGCCACGUGAAAUAGUUAAAACGUGACGCGGUACAGUGCACUCUGUCCGGUCUAAAUGAAUGGAUGCGAUGCAUUUAUUUUAAUUUAUUUGUUUUUAUUCCAAGUGUGUUUUUUUCUUCCAUUUAAAUUAGCCAAGGAUUGUGUGUCGUCUCCGUCCAGUUGAUUUCGUCCGGCCACCAACAUUGACGGUCGUUUCACGUUGAAAGCCGUCGCGCGUUUACCGUACUGUAUUUCCGUAUAUCCACGUUGGCAAGUCGUUUCUUUGCCGGUCAGUUGUAAUUGUCGCAUUCGUCUUAAUUGCCAAUUCUCUUGGUCGCUUCCCUUUAAAAUAUAUAGCGAGAGAGACUGCUGUUUUGCAAUGGCGGUCGCGAAAAGAAAAGCUCCUACCCAGGACAAUUCGUCGAAAUAUGAAAAUGCCAAGGUUCUGUCCAGGUCACGUGAAACCAGUCGGCAGGGAGAGCGGAGAGGAGGCGAGGGGAGAGAGACGUCAAGCGUGGCGGGAAGGAGUACUCUGAGGCCCCUCUCGUGCCUCCUGUCUGCGGGAAAAUACGCGCUGUUCCUCCUCUUUCUCCCGCCCUUCCUCAACUACGCCUCUCUGCAGAGAGAGGCCAAGAUGCUGAAGCCAGCAGGGGAGGUGCUUGACAUCGGGCUGGGCCAACAGCUGUACAUGAGCUGUCUAGGAAGCGGCGUUCCAGUCGUUUUGUUUGAUGCACCAGCGGGGAUGUCUUCCGACAUCUGGAUUGCAAUGCAGAAAGAGCUGUCCUCAAUGACCAAGGUGUGCAUAUAUGAUCGUGCCGGAAUUGGUUUCAGCAGCCGCGCUAUUCCAAACGACACCACAGGGAUGGAGAAAGUCUGGAAAAUGUUCACCACUGGCAGGAUGGUGGACGACCUGCACAGGCUGGUGCUCGAGGCGAAGCUGGCGCGCCCUCUGGUCCUCGUCGGCGCCCAGCUCGGCGCCCUCAAUGCACGCUUCUACAGCCACAUCUACGACUCGGAAGUGUCAGACCUUGUCCUCAUUGACGCCCUCACAGAGGAGCUCUUCCAAGAAGAUCCCUGGCUUCAGUAUUGGAACGGGCAGCUCGUGCCCUCUCUGCAGAUGUUGCACUUGUCGGCUGCCAUGGGCCUGAACCGGUUGGGUCUCAUCACUGGCCUCAUGCAGCAGCCUUUGACGGGCGCCGAUGUCACCGACGACGUGGUCAGCAGGCAGAAGUUCCUGCUGUGCAGUCCGCCACACAUGAGCGCGGCCGUGGAGGAGCACUUCCUCGUUAACGAAAGCUUGGCUCAAGUCAGCGACAUCAUGCAGUUCAAACCGCUACCGUCCCGCAUUAACGUGACGGUGAUCAAUGGGAAUUACUACGAUGAGCUGCUGCCAGGUACCGUUAACAAGGUGUUUACGCAGGCGCAACGGCAGCUCGUAUCCAGCAUCGCCCCCGCGGCCCGGCACGUGGUGGUGGACGGGGCAGACCGGCACGCACCCCACAGGAACCCGCUCGCCCUCGCUCGCCCCAUCGCCCAGCUCGUGCACAGACGGCAGGCCAGCCAGAAGUCGCUCUGAGCUGCGGCUCGGAUGACUGCUACCGAUUGAAGCCGAUUUGAAAUCGACGGCACCCUUAUCGGUGGUCGAUUACUUGGGGCCCUCUUUGUAAAUGGCUGCCGUCCAGAUGUCCCCUGCCUACCCGAAGGUGGGAAACCCCCCCCCCCUAUAAAGCCACGCCCAGCAUGACGCGGAUAAUGUCACCAAGCCCUGCCCAUUACCUUCCAUUCAGUUUUUAUAUGUUUUUGAGCACCAGUGGUGAUACAGCCCCACAUUUUUAUUUAUUUUAUUUUAAACAUCUGUGAAUCAAGAUGUUUGAAAUACCAUUUAGAAAGUAAUAGUAUAGGCUUGGAAAGUACCCACGUAGGUUUUAGCAGUUGUGCCGUAUAUCUGUCCGAUGUUCUUAUUCAAGUUGUACCUCGCGAGACAACCUGAAAACACAUCAUAGAGCUAAACUCGCUGAAAGUGCUAAUUGUCCUUUCUACAAAUAGCCCUGCAUGGAUUUUGUAACAUUUAUUUCUCAAAGCGCAACAGAUUUUAACUCUUGUGUUGCACCGUGUCCUGGGUCAGCAAAAAUCUGCCUUGGGCCUCCCGUUGAAGGUCAUGAAUAUUUUACAACAACUAAAUCUUGCAGCUAGUUAGCUAUUGUUUUUGGGAUCACGUUUAAUAUUUAAUGGCUCCUGGCCUUGUUUACACCUCGCCCAUAUGGUUAACGUAAAAGAAAACAAGGUUAGAUGUUCCCUUGCGAAGAAUGUCCUCUCUCUCAGUGGUACCAGCACCGUGCCCUUGGGUGUAUUCUCACCUUGGACCCAACACGUGACUCGUGUGAUAAUUGAUGUUGGUGAAAUGUAUUGCUGAGCGUGGAAUAUUCGGUGUGUUUUUUUUUUAAGUAAUAGCGUUCAAGACGUGCUGUACAAGGCUACCUUUCCACAAGCAGGGAUGAAUAAAGUGUAAAAUAUGAUUAGGUCUCCAAUAUAUUUUCUGUGUUCAGUUCACGGAGAAGCGGCAAAACGUCGGGCAUUCCGAACAACAUGCAGCAACGACCUGAAAACACAGCAAGCGCUAUACAGCAUCGAUAGCUAUACAACAGUAAAAACCUACGUGGUACUAAAACAACAACAAAAGCAUGUUAAUGCGCAGAUGGUCAUUGAGCUGUUGGUGAACAUUGGCAAAAACAAUGACAUUGCAUUUGGCAAAAAAACAAUCACAUUGCACUUGUGAAUGUUUUUUUCUCCUACGGAAGAAUUGCAUCACUUGUUUAAAAAAAAAUGGCAAAGGGUUUGAUGGUCCGUAACACUGAUGUCCAAGUUCGUACCAAGUCAACACCUUAAAAUAGAAAUUGAUAGCAGCAAGCGCUGCACAAACAAAGUGCUAUGAAAUGACAAAACUAUGUGCUCGAGUCGCGAUGCUUAUUUUAAACAAUGUUGAAUAAAAUUACACAAUGCUGUAACUGAAUGGAAAAGGUCUACUCUUGUUAAAAAGGUGUAAAUUUGUUAUCGCCAAUAACCUAAGGCUGCGUAGGGCAGUGCCUUAUGAAGCCGUAUCAAUUCUGAAGAGAAAUAUAAAACGUUAUCAACGCGUUGGCGAAUGGGAAAACAAUUAAAAUUAACGUGACCAACCAGCGUGUAAGAAUGAAUUGCUUUAAAAAGUUGAAGGGCGUCUCCACAUUCGACCAAGGCAUCUUUAAUGU